UCGACUGGCCUUGCCAUUAGUAAAGUUUAGGUUAACCCUAACCCCAAUGAAAGUUUUUUCGAGAGGGUCGAUAGGAAGGGACCGUAAAAAGGCUUGUAAUUGUUAAACUUCUUAGGGUUAACAAUGGAUAAAUAAAUGUUGUGCUUUUUGUUUGGAAAUGUUUAUUGUGUUUUUUUAUCCCUACUAUGAUAAUUGACAAAGUGUUGUUUAUAUUAUGAUUUCACUUGCGUUUAAUUGAAACAUAAAAAGAAUGAGUCGACGACGUGUCAUGGGACGUCAUAAUUUAAUUGAUUGUUGAUGGAUGUUUGCACGCUCUAGAUUUGGAGCGUGACACUAUUGACCAGAGACAAGUGAUUUUAUCAAAAGAAACAAGUGAUCUUAUCCAAAGAAAAUAGUGAUUAUAUUAUAAAGGGAUAGGUAAUCAGGGACUAGUUAUCAUAUCCAUUCAUGAAUAUGGGAAGUACUUGUAGAAGACGUGUUAAUUUUUGGCGCAAAACUUAGUUUGGCAAGGAAAGCAGGCACGUGUUUUAACUUUCUUAAGAUAAGGACAUAUGGAUAUUGAUUGAUUGAUUGAGUGUUCAGAUUCGAAACCGACUUUUACAUUUACUCUUUUUCUAGAUUCCUGAUUUUUCGAAGAAGGAAAAAUAUUUCCAAUUUUUGUUAUCAAAACUCCCGUCUUCAAAUCUUGGGUUUCCAAAACACCUCAAACUGAAUCAUCCUCUCAUCUUUCUUUUGGACACUCCCUCCUGAACACAAAGAUUCAUCCUACCUCCUCGGCACAGCAACAGUCGCAAGUCCCUCCGUACAAAGCAAUGGCGACUCAAUCUACUCAGGAUGAACCUCCUGGAGGGUCAGAGCAAACAUUGGCUAACAGAUUGAAAGAGCUCAGACAGAAAAAGAGAAGUGCUGAUGAAAUAAGGGCAGAGCUGAAACAGCAAAGAAAAGAAGCAAAAAGUGAAGCGGAGGAGAAAAAGAGAAAGGAAGCUGAAUCUGCCGGACAGGCAGAAAUUGAAAAACAAGCUGAAGCUGCCAGAAAAGCCAGAAUAGCAGCAGAAGUUGAAGCAGAAGCAGAUGCAGAUGCAGAUGCAGCUAGCCUUGACGGAGAAGAGAAAAGGAAAGAAAUCGAAAGAAAAGAAGAAAAGGAGAGGAAAUUGCAGUGUGAAAAAGAAAGACUAGUAAAAAUCAGAGAUUCAUUAUUCGAUGAAAAGGAAGCAGCUUUUUCAGGAGAGAUCGAACCCGAGGAAGAACCUAUUGGAUAUCCUCAUAUUACUGCAACUUCAGCAAGUCCUACAGAUUUGGAAAAAGGGACAGAGACUGAGGACACUGAGCAGAAUGAUAUGACUCAGGGGUAGCCAAAGGACAAACAUCCUUCAGUCCUUGUGACACGAAGUGCUGAAGCAUCAUCCAGCAAGUAUGAAGUAAUGCAGAUGCCGCUUGAGAUCAAGGACAAUCAAGCAGCACUGAGAGAUAAGAUAGCUGUCCUGCGUGCCGAGUUCUUUGAGGAAAUACAAACUAUGCAGGUCAUUUU